AUGACAACCCGCCUAAAGGAACUAGGUUCCCAACAACCCCCAAUCUUCAGAAUAAACCUCUCCAAUCCCCCAGAAGAGCGCUACAAAGCCCUAGCCCACAUCUACAAAGACCGAAUGCGCUCAGUAACCAGCAUAUUCGACGACGUGAUCCACAAUCUCUCCCCAAACAUCCCAACAAAACCAAUCCACUGGCUCGCGCGUCUCUUCCUCCGCAGACUCUACACAGACGAAGAAACUGCCGAGAUCAGCGGCAUCAGCCACGUAACGGGAAUCUCCCUAUACCUCCUAAUCUGUCUAAACGUGGUCCUGGAUCUAUUAAUGGGCUGCACAAGUGGGGGCGUUCGAAUGCUCGACGGGCUCUGGACACGAAUGGUCCAUUUCCGAACCUUAGACUGGGGAAUGGAUCCACUGCGCGACCUGAUCGUGCAACUUGAAUUCGUGCGCGACGACGCACCGGAUAAAGUGCUCGCGACGUGCAUCACUGUGUUCUUCCCAGUGUGGAGGGGGGAGGGGUCUACGAGGCUUUCGAAUACUUCGACUUUGGAGGAUAUCCUGGAGGAAGUACCUUGUUUGCGCACGACGGCUGCGUAUUUGAUCUUCUGUGAUGGGAGUAGUAUUGUUGCGAUGGAGAAGGAUUAUCAGACUGCGUUUUGGCGCAGGUCGAGUUCUUUCCUUAUCAAAACUAAUCAUGACGAGGAUACUGCGUCGGUUAUGGAUGAGGCUAUCGCGAAUGAUAGGGGGUAUACGGGUCUGCGUGUGGUGGAUGGUAUGCAGAGUAUGGCUGAGAUUAUUGAGGAGAGUAAAGAGCGGCAGGCAUCGAUGCAGGAGAAAUGGGAUCGCAGGGUGAAGGAUCAUGGGGUUUUCCAACAACAACUUAAGAGGCGGAGAGUUAAGAAUGAUUCUCUUCCCCGUUCACAGGCAAUGCAUUUGAAGUGGAAACGGAAUACGAAGAUAAGAGAAGAGGAGUCGGAGGUGUCUGUUACUCUUGGGACAGUACUGGGAUGGCUUUUCUCGGACCCGAUUGUCAAUGAAGAUACUCAUUACGCGGUGUUGAUGGAUCCCAUCCAAGGCAGGUUUCUUUAUUCGGGACAGUUCCCAGCUAAGGCAUGA